AUGCUUCGUCACGGUCUCUACGACGGGUUACGGAUCUACAACACCGACUCGUUAAAGCCCUAUUCUACGCGCUACAUGGAUUCUUCUUCUCCCUCUUCCUCCUCCUCGCUCGGCCGAAUAGAGAGGCUCGGGGCUGCUGCCAACGAAGCAAAGCAUGUUGCAUUGGAAAAGCACGGUCGACGAGUCCGAUUCCGCCGUAUAGACUUCGAUAGACAAGGGCUUCAGCUGUACUAA